CUAAAACGCGUCCCUGCCACCUCGGUUGAACUGCCGGGAACGAGAGAGAGAGGGGAGAGAGAGCAGCGCUGGAGGAGAUAAACACAGCGGCAGCUGCCCCGACUUAGUGCCGGAGCACAAAUAGCUCGGAAACUAUUGUAUGGCGAAGGCGCGUUUGUAGCUAAAGCAAGCUUCCGUGAGCCGCUACUGCUGCCAUAUUGCCAGCGAGGACUUUUGCAGCUUCUCGUUAUCAAGACAGCUCGAAAAAAGAGCUCAACAUGAUUCACAGUUUGUUCCUGAUUAACAACGCUGGCGACAUAUUUCUGGAAAAACACUGGAAGAGUGUCAUAAGUCGCUCUGUCUGUGAUUACUUUUUUGAAGCUCAGGAUAAGGCAGGAGAACCUGACAAUGUGUCUCCUGUCAUCCGCACUCCACAUCACUACCUUAUCAACAUCUACCGGGAGAAAAUCUUCUUUGUUUCUGUCAUCCAGACAGAAGUUCCUCCCCUUUUUGUCAUUGAAUUUCUCCAUCGUGUCGCUGAGAUGUUUCAGGAUUAUUUUGGUGAAUGCUCUGAAGUUGCCAUUAAGGAUAAUGUGGUAAUAGUCUAUGAGCUCCUGGAAGAAAUGCUUGAUAAUGGUUUCCCCCUCGCGACUGAAUCCAACAUCCUGAAAGAACUUAUUAAACCUCCCACAAUCCUGCGCUCUAUGGUCAAUACUAUCACUGGCAGCAGUAAUGUUGGGGAAACUCUUCCAACUGGACAGCUCUCGACAAUCCCAUGGAGGAGAGCAGGUGUAAAAUACACCAACAAUGAGGCCUAUUUUGAUGUGGUAGAAGAGAUUGAUGCCAUUCUGGAUAAAUCUGGCACAACAGUAUUUGCUGAAAUCCAGGGAGUGAUUGAUGCUUGUGUGAAACUCUCAGGAAUGCCUGAUCUCACACUGUCAUUCAUGAAUCCCAGACUUCUGGAUGAUGUGAGUUUCCAUCCAUGUGUACGUUUUAAGAGGUGGGAGUCUGAGAGAGUUCUCUCCUUCAUCCCCCCAGAUGGAAAUUUCCGACUUAUGUCUUAUCACGUGAAUGCACAAAAUUUGGUAGCAAUUCCAGUGUAUGUGAGGCAGAAUAUCAAUUUCUUUGAGACUGGGUCCUCAGGGAGAGUUGAUAUCACUGUGGGUCCGAAGCAGACCAUGGGCAAGACUGUGGAGAAUGUGAUCGUCACAAUACACAUGCCUAAAGUAGUCCUCAGUGCCAAUCUUACGGCAACCCAGGGCACUUACACGUAUGACCCAGUCACCAAGAUUUUGGUGUGGGACAUUGGGAAACUUAACCAACAAAAACUUCCAAAUUUAAAAGGAAGUCUGAGUCUGCAGUCUGGAGCUCCUAAACCAGAGGAAAAUCCCAGCCUGAACAUCGACCUCAAGAUCCAGCAGUUAGCUAUCUCAGGACUCAAAGUGAAUCGACUGGACAUGUAUGUGGAGAAGUACAAGCCAUUCAAAGGUGUAAAAUAUGUAACCAAAGCUGGGAAGUUCCAGGUCAGAACUUGAGGUUGUCUGUAAAUGGUGUGAAUCAUCAGUGUGCCAAAAAAGGUAUUGACAGUGCCAUCUCAUGUUUGACACAUCACUUUUUACAAAAAAAUCUGUUAAUUAUUUCAUGCUGCCAAUGUAUUAAGCUUUGCUGCAGGGAAGAAAAAUUGGGAAUUAGCAUGCCAUGAAGGCCUUCUUAGAUUGACAGACCUUGUAUGGAGUUCUUUUACUUUGAUGAAAAACAUUCCUUUUUUAUUUUAAGAUGAAUAAUGAUUUACUGAGGGUAAUAGUUGAUCCGCUUGUACUAGAAUUAAUGUUCUACUCUGUCCUGUUUUAAAUUGUGGGAAACUCCAGAAAGCUUUACUGUAUUGUUAGCUUUUUUGUCACCGAUGAGUGAUGAAAAGGGCCGCAAGUACAGCAAGACAUUUCACUUAAGUCACUUUUCAUACAGUCUGUGCAUUGAUUAAUAUUAGAUUACAUUAAUUAUAAUAGUAGAUAUAUUUUCAAUUGUGUUAGUGCAUAAUUGAAGACAAGCCUUUGCCAAGGUUGUAUUUAAGAAACUUAAAAUACCUUACUUAGGCACAUUGCACAAAUCUUAAGUGGCCUUUUGAAGAGUUUAAGAGGCCUUUAUUUAAAAGCACAGCUAUGCCAUAUGCAGAAGGCAUUCAACCCUGCCUAUGCUGUUACUCAAGCAUGCCACAGUACAGAGGCCAGCAGCAGACAUAUAUUGAUUGGAGUUUUCAGAUGGGAAGAAAAUAUCAGGAGGUGGCUGAAUUAAUUGCUGAGAUACGCCACAUAUACAUAGUUGCAAAUACUAACUUUCCAGUCACCAUUUUAAGGUGCUGAAUUAGUUGCUCACUUGUUAACUAGGCUUGCAACCAUGUGGCAUGUAUCUAGGUCACUCUCUGCAGAGUUUUUGCACACUCACAAGGGACACAAUCUUAUUUUGUAAGAUAUAGAAGUAGGCAAAUUAAGGAAAUACCUUAAUUGUGUUUGAAAAUAUGUAUAUAAACUCAAUGCCUUGUCAUUUAUAAACAUUUUUGGGAAAUAA